AUGGUAUUAAUUUACGUAGAUGAUAUCAUAAUUACUGGGAAUGACUCAAAGGAAUUGAUGUUGUUCAUCACCAAACUCAACACAGCUUUUGCACUCAAGGACUUAGGAGAACUACAUUAUUUUCUUGGCAUUGAGGUCUUUCGUGAUGCUACAGGUAUCUACCUAUCCCGAGGAAAGUAUGUUGCCGAUUUACUCAAACGUGUUGAGAUGACCAACAUCAAGCCAAGCCCGACACCCAUAACAGGUGGGAAACCAAUGUCCAUUCAUGAUGGUGAAGAACUAGCAGACCCUUCAGCAUAUCGAAGUGUAAUUGGAGCAAUGCAAUAUCUUACUCACACUCGACCGGACAUUGCUUUUGUUGUAAAUAAACUCAGUCAAUUUCUAAAGUGUCCAACAUCUGUACACUGGAGUGCAGCAAAGAGGGUACUGAGGUACUUAAAAAGUACAAUGCAUCACGGUAUACACAUCAAAUAUAGUGACAGACUGCCUAUCAUUGCUUAUUAUGAUGCCGAUUGGGCAUGUUGCCCGGAUGACAGAAAAUCAGUUGGAGGCUACUGUGUUUACUUUGGGGAAACAUUGGUUACAUGGUCUUCAAAGAAGCGAUUCGUUGUUGCACGAUCGAGCACAGAAUCGGAGUACAAAUCUCUUGCUCAAGUGGCCUCUGAAAUUGCUUGGCUUGAAUCUCUGUUACAAGAGAUGAAAUUUACACCACCAUCUGUCCCUGUUAUAUGGUGCGACAACAUGAGUGCAAGCGCACUUGCCUAA